AUGAUUGACGAUCAAGACCUUGGUUUCUUCGCAAGUUUCCUUGGAAUCUUCAUUUUUGUUCUGGUUAUAGCGUAUCAUUUUGUGAUGGCGGACCCGAAAUAUGAAAACUAAUGAAGAUUUUGCAUUUUUUUUAAAAGUGUCUGCAAUGGACAUUUAGAUGAUUAGCUUUUGUAGACCGACUUGUUUUGAAAAUAGAGACAAAUCAUUGUUGUUGAAAACCUUUGACAAAUUGUGGCUAUAAAUGUCAUCUUAUUGUUGAAA